CAGGGUCACGCGGCGCCUCCAUCCCCGCUUGGCUCCGCCCCCUUCGCGCUUGCGGGCCCUGCUGCGGCCGGGGCGGGCGGCUCAGCUCCGCUGGGCCAUGGCUGAGCAACGGCAGGACAAGGCCGCAUUGAUAAGCGAGACUAGGCGGCGUUUCGAGGCGGAUUACCUGCCAGAUAAAUCAGAUAAAUACGAUUCUAGAGAUGUGGAAAGACUACAGCAAGACGAUAAAUGGGUUGAAAAUUAUCUGAUUUGGCGUCAUGAUGUUGUGGAUGAUACAUUAAAGAUGAUUGACGAAAGCUUUCAGUGGAGGAAAGAAUAUACGGUUAAUGACUUGACAGAAUCUGUCCUUCCAAAAUGGUUAUUUGAAAAUGGUUCUCUCUUUCUGCAUGGAUAUGAUAAAGAGGGCUAUAAAUUAUUUUGGUUCAGAGUGAAACAUCAUAUAAGAGAUCCUAAACAGCAACUUGAGAAAAAGAAACUAGUAGCUUUUUGGUUAGAACAUUAUGCCAAAAGAGAUCAUGGAAAGCCCUUAACAGUGGUAUUUGACAUGUCUGAAACUGGAAUCAGUCACAUAGACUUGGAUUUUGUUCGGUUUAUUGUCAACUGUUUUACAGAUUAUUACCCAAACUUCCUCACAAAGAUAGUGAUCUUUGAAAUGCCAUGGAUAAUGAAUGCUGCUUUUAAAAUUGUGAAGGGUUGGCUUGGUCCAGAUGCAAUAAGCAUGUUGAAGUUCACGAACAAGGGUGAUGUACAGGAAUACAUCAGUGGAGAGUAUCUGCCACCUCACAUGGGUGGAACUGAUUCUUUCAAGUACAGCUAUCCUCCAUUGGUUGAUGAUGAUUUUCAAACUCCUUUAUGUGAAAAUGGGCCCGUUGCUAGUGAAGAUGAGCCUGAAAGUAAAGAAGAGAUAGAUGCGGAUACCAAGGAGACUGGGGAGCUGAAUGAAGAACAAAACCUUAAUCAGAAAAAGAUGAAUUCUGUAGAACAAAUUUCCAAAUCAGAGGAAACUGACAAAACAGAGUUCAAACCAAAAAAUGCAAAGAAAGCAUUAACCACUUUUAAAGGACCUUUAUUACAUAUCAGCCCAGCAGAAGAACUAUAUUUUGGAUCCAAAGAAACUGGAGAGAAAAAAUGUUUGAUAGUUCUCACAAAUGUCACUAAAAACAUAGUGGCUUUUAAGGUGAGAACAACUGCUCCUGAAAAAUACAGAGUUAAACCCAGUAACAGCAGUUGUGAACCUGGCACAUCGUUGGAUAUAAUAGUCUCUCUUCAUGGUGGUUUUGCAGCUUCUCUGCAGGAUCGUUUCCUUAUAAUGGCAGCAGAAAUGGACCAGUCUUCUGGAGCAGGUAUACCAGAACUGACUCAGUUUUGGAAAGAAGUCCCUAGGACCAAAGUGAUGGAACAUAGGCUGAGGUGUCAUGUUGUAGAAAGUAGUAAGCCUUCUUCUCUGACGUUAAAAGAGAACGCAUUUCAUAUUCCAGCAAAAACCAACGAAGAUUUACAUAUACAGCUGACUCGUUUACUGCAAAUUAAUAAAAGACUUCAAGAGCAGAUUGAUCGCUGCCUCUGGUUCCAGCAGUUGUCAGCUGUUUUAUCAAUACUGUCAGUUACUGUCGUUGCCUUCUGCUUCUACCUGGUGUAUACCCAGAGAAGCUAAAAGGAAUUGCUUUGCACUGGGCUGCCUAUCAUGGUGCACUUGGAUUUUGGAACAGCCAAAAUGAGGUUUGUGAGCCCACAACAAUGAACGAUGAUACAACUUGCUGAAAAAAAAGAAGAAACAAAUGACCGACAAAGGAAGUUACUGAAAAUUGACGCUUAGAACAGUUCAUGAGAAGGUGUUAGAGCUAGGACCUAUUUUCACUGUACAAUUCCAUAAAUACUACUGAAGGAGGAAACCAAAUACAACAACAUAAUUUAAAACUAUUUAUGUUUUUUUUCUUCUCUAUUCAACUACUUCAAAUACAAUAUUUCAUUCCUUUCCAUCGUAUUCAUUCUUACAUGCUGAAUUACUCUUGUAGAAGGUGCAAGCAGUCAAUUUCAGUGUAUUAUAAAGGUUAACUUGUUCAUUCAGGAAAAUUUACAGAAAUUAUGUAGUAUGGGCAGAUUUUUUUUAUCUAAUCUAUGUAUGUGCACAUAUAAAGGAAGAUAUUUGUUGUUAGUAAUUAUUUUGGUAAUUCAGGCUCAUUGCUUUCAUUGGUUAAAUUCCUUGGUUUUGUGCUUUUCCUGAAUGCAAAGUUGUAAAUAUUUCCUUCCGAAUAACAGACACACAACCAUAUUGACCAGGAAUAUAACCCUUGUUUGAUUCCAAAGAUAGUAAUGAAAUAAUUAUGAUGAGACACUAUUCCUAUUCUUUAUAUUCUUUCCUUUUUUUUUUUGAAAGCAACUCUUAUUCAAAUUGGAGGAGUGUGAGAGUUGACUUUUGAUGGCCUAUUAUUGGUUCAUAAAAAGGCUAAUAAAUAGCCAGUGUGAGAACUCAUUCUGAGAUGUGCAAUAUGCUUAAAUUACAGAUGAAUUUAUGAAAAAAGCAAGCCAAGUUGGAAGAUUAAAUAUUGUUGAAGGCAUCAUAAAAGUGUUCUAUCUGCCAUUUCUCAGAAACUGUUGUAGAAAUGGUGUAUGAAGCUAGUGAGAACUUACCCUAACGAGGAUUCUUUGUACUCAUUGCUGUAAAUAUGUAUAUUAAAAUUAUAAACACUUAAGAGGAGACUGAUGGUAUCUUUCAUACAUUUAAAAUUUUCACUCUUGAUGAGGUCUAAAAAUGUAAAAUAAUUUCUUUACUGGAAUUAAUUUUUGCUACAAAUUGGCUUUGUAACAGGUCAUUUAGUUUUUGUCUGCUGGCUUCAAUGGACGAGAAGAGAUAAUUGAGGGAAAAUAAAGGUCAUACUUUGCUUCUG